AUGCUCCGUCGAUUCGCUCGCGCCUCGCUCGCGCCUCCCUCCACCUCGCGCGCGGUGUCGUCGUCCAAGGACGUCGUCCGAUCGCCCUCGCCCUGGCGUCCCGUGCGCGACGAGCGCACGGGCGAGGUGUACUGGUGGAACACGCGGACGAACGAGACCACCGCGGUGGGUGCGCCGAGGCCUCGGAGCGACGCGCUCGUGGACGAUCCGAAUCACCGAAUCACCGGUGGUGGGGGACGGGAGACGUUCGGGCAGGCGAUCUCGGGAAGUUUCUUCAUGGGCGCGGGGGUGGCGCUGGGUUUCGGAGCGAUCGGCGCGUUGUUCCGAAUGUUCUGA